CGCAAAGAAGGACGGGCGAGGUCUUUGAUACAGCAUGUCCGGGUGGACGUCCGACAUGUACUCGGGCUACUCAUACACCUACUCGUACGACGAGGUGGAGGAGGUUGUCCCUGGGGCAAGGCGAGUACGAGCGAGAGUGUCCGAGUCGGAGAGGGUGCGACAGCGAGCCAGUCCAGCCGAGGCGAAGGCGGUGGUGGUGGGAGUGGGAGUGGGAGGAGAAGGAAGAGUGGUGGCCAAGGAAGCGGUGUAGCGAACAACGGUUCCUCUCGUGGUGGCCAUGGCGGUGGCCAUGGGAGUGGCCAUGGGAGUGGGAGUGGUGGCAACGGCCGCGGCUCUCGUGGUGCCCGCACUCCAGCUGCUGGGCAGAGGAGCGGGCGAAAGAGCAUCGGAGAGAAAAAGGAGGCAACGAGCGGAGGGCAUCUCCCGCUGGGCACCUCGGGCUCAUCGACCCAUCUCCCGCUCUCUGUCCCGCUGUCUGCGGUCAAGGUCACUGCGCUGGCGCCGGGACUGAGCUCGGGUGGGAGCGGGAUGCAGGCGACGCCGCGGGUGGACGACUUGCCCGAGGAGGUCCAGUCGCGGUAUGAAACGCUCAUCGACGCGCAUCCGGACACAAUCUACUUUCGACGGUCGGGAACCAAGCGGCCGUCGAUCCGAGAGGCGCUGACGGGAGCUGGUGCCGUGGCCGACGGCGACGGCGACGGCGGUGACGGCGGCGACGGCGAGGCCGGAGCCGGUGGCGGCAACAAGACCAAGUUUGGGACGUUUGAAGGAGUGUUUGCACGGUGCCUGCUCAACAUUUGGGGAGUGCUCAUGUUUCUGCGGCUGGGGUGGAUGGUGGGCCACGGCGGGGUGUGGUACGCGUCGCUCAUUGUUGUGGCGUGCAUGAUUGUGACGUCGAUCACGACGCUAUCGCUCAGUGCGAUCUGCACCAAUGGCGAGGUGCUCUCGGGUGGAGCGUACUUUAUGAUUUCGCGGUCGCUCGGGCCCGAGUUUGGCGGCGCGAUUGGGAUCCUGUUCUCGAUUGCUAACGCCGGAGCGGUCUCGCUCCAUCUUGUGGGCUUUGCCGAGACAGUGGUCGAGUCUGUGUUUCCGGACAACUACAAUUGGAGCAAGGGCGGGAGCUGGGACCAGACGCUUGUGGCGCUCAUUGCACUCGUCUUUCUCAUCAUCAUUGCGAUGAUCGGAGUGGCAUGGGUGGUCAAGUUCCAGCUCACGCUCCUUGUGCUGCUUGUCUUUUCGAUUCUCUCGUACGUGGUGGGCACGUUUGGCAAGAGCGAUGCGAACCUCGGCUUUACGUCGUACUCGUCAGCGACGCUGUCUGAGAACAUGUCUACCGAGUGGCGAAACGAGUCGUUCUUUACGCUCUUCUCGGUCUUUUCCCGGCGUCGACGGGCAUCAUGGCCGGAGCCAACAUUUCGGGUGAUCUGAAGGACGCGCAGCUGUCUAUUCCGCGCGGAACGAUUGCGGCUGUGGCUGUGUCGGGUGUGGUGUACCUUGUGCUCAUCUGGAUGCUCGGGGCGACGCUUGUGAAGGAGGUGCCCGGGACGACACCCGGCGGGCUCCUGCACAACAAUGAGAUUAUGAUCCAGUCUGCGUUUUUCGGCCCGCUCAUCAUUGCGGGCAUUUUUGCGGCGGGGCUCUCGUCUGCGCUUGCGGCGCUUGUGGGUGCGCCGCGGGUGUUCCAGGCUGUGUGCGAGGACGGGCUGUUCCCGGCGCUUGUGGCGUUUGCCAAGGGCCGCGGUGCCAACAACGAGCCAGUCCGGGCGUACGUGCUCACGUUCCUCAUUGCCGGAGCGGUGAUGUGCAUCGGCGACCUCAACGCGAUUGCGCCGCUGAUCACCAACUUUUUCAUGAUCUCGUACGCGUUUAUCAACUACGCGUGCUUUGCGACAGCGACGGCCAAGGUGCCCGGGUGGCGGCCGUCGUUUACGUACUUUAACCGGUGGGUGGCGCUCGCGGGCACGUUUAUGUGCAUUGUGCUCAUGUUUGUCAUCAACUACAUUUUUUCGCUGGCGACGCUCACGGCUGCGAUGCUGCUGUACAAGUACGUGGACUGGCAGGAGAACGACGUCAACUGGGGCUCUGCGCGGCAGGCCAAGAUCUACCUCGACGCGCUGAAGCAGACUGCGCGACUGGAGGUGACGCGGGAGCAUGUCAAGACGUACCGGCCGGCGUUCCUUGUCCUCUGUGAUGACCCAGGGUCGGAGCGGUCGAUGACACUUGUGCGGUUUGCGGACCUCUUUGCACGGGUCUCGAACGGAGUCCUCGAGGUCUCUGCGGUGGUGGUGGGGAGCUUUGACACGGCGUUUGAAGAGUAUCUCGAGAUGCGGACAUCGACGCUGCUGGUCGACGCCGGAAUCACCGGGUUCAUCGACUCGGUCAUUGCGCCGGACCUGCAGUCGGGCCACCGGCUGCUGCUGCAGACGGCCGGAGUGGGCAAGCUCCGGCCCAACACGAUUGUGCUCGAGCUGCCGACGACGCGGUCGGGAGCGGACAGCGAGCUUGUGCGGACGGUGCGCGAGGCGCUGGUCCUCGACUACUCGACGGUCCUUGUCCGGGCGCCAGUGCCCAACUUUCCGGACGCGCUCCCGGUCUCGGGCCGGAUCGACGUGUGGUGGAUGGCCGCCGACGGUGGGCUGCCGCUGCUCAUGGCGUGGCUGCUGCGGCAGAACAAGGAGUGGCGCAAGUGCUCGCUCCGCAUCAUUGCCGGUGGCCUGCAGUGCGGCAACGAGACGUCCAAGUCGCUCAACGUCCUCCUCCCCAAGCUGCAGCGGAUGCUCACCCGAUUCCGCAUCCCCUACACCUCGACCGAGGUCGUCGAUCUCACGCUCGAGCCGUCGGAGCGCUCGCUGAGGGAAUGGAGCGAGGUGGCACCCGCGUCCGAGACCCGCAUCUCGUCCAAGACCCGCCAGCUGCUCCGGCAGCGCGACCUUCUCCGCGAAAUGUCGUCGGACGCCGGCCUGGUCAUCGUCACCAUGCCGCUGCCCGCGAGCAUUGUGCCCGACGAUGUCUGGCUGGCGUGGAACGAGAUGCACGUCGUCGGCGAUGUUCCCACCGUCCUUGUCCGUGGCGCGCACCAAGAUGUGCUCACAUACUACUCUUGACCUUUGGUCCUGGAGCAAGGGGUAUAUUGAAGGAAUGGGAUGGGAUGAGAA